AUGUUAAGAUUGUCUUAGUCCAAUCAUGGCCUUGUUGUGUUUACAUUGUUUGCUUUACUUAUCUCUUCCUGUGAUGCAAUCAAUCAUUUGAGAGGACACAUUGAGGAGCCUUAAAAUAAGCAUUUGUAUUCGAGCCAUUCAAAAGGGAACCCAAUCGCUGCUGUAAUCUUUGGAUUCUUGUGUGUUUUUGGGGCGUUUGCUAUGUUAUGGUACAAUGAGAGAAGAUAAGCAAUUACUGAAUACAGAUUAGAAUAAGCAAAGAAAUAGUGUACAUCAGUCAAUUCAGCAGAAGUAAAUCCAAAUACCAAUCAUCAAUUGAUUCACACAAAUGGUGAGAGCAAGACUAAUGAUCUAGUUGUGGACGCAACUUUUGGUUUGUCUAUGAAAGAUUGCAUUAAACUAGUUAGGACAGUUGAAAUGUACUAAUGGGUACGCAAAUCAAGAGAAGAAAAUAAAAGAACUGUCUAUUAUUAUGUUUAAGAAUGGAGUUCAACAUUCCAUUCUGAUUGCGGAGAUGGACACUACAAUGAUAAAUCUAAAUGGAUUGUCGAAUAAGAGACCCAAGUCAACUUGAAUGUUCGUAUCGGGGCGUAUUUAAUGAGCAAGUCUUUGGCAGAAUAAACAAAUGCCCAUGAGAGUAUUCCAAUGGCUGCGAAUAAUGCAUAAGCAGUUUCCAAUUUCUAUGGAUUUUCAAAAGGGUUUUAGAAUUACGAAGCAAAUGGACAAUAUAUAUAUUUCUAAUAAAAUAGAGGAACUGUCUCCAUGAAUGAUUUAAGAGUCUCAUUUGAUGCUGCCAGAACUGGUCCUACAACUGUAGUUUCUCAACAAUAUAAUGAUACAUUCACACCAUUUGUUAUUCACGAUAAAUUUGAAUAGACCUUGGCUAGAGAUGAAAAUUUGGAGGAUAUGUCAUUGACAUGUACUACAUGCUGCUGUUUCUGUUGUAAACUAUGUAGAGCACUUGAGAAGCCUCUAACUCAAAUAGAUUGGAUCUUCGAAUAAAUUAUGACAUAAAAUCAGGUAUUUAAAAAAAAAGCAGAAGAAAAUGCAUGCCUCACAUUGGCAUAAAGAAUAGGUGGUUAUAUAUUGAUGGGAAUUGGAUUUUGUUUGAUAUUCUCUCCAAUCUCAUGGUUGGUUUCAUGGUUCCCAUUGGUAGGAAACUUUUUAGCAUCUAUUACAGGAUUUAUUUUCUUUUUGGUGAGUUUUAUUAUAUCAAUUCCGUUUUCACUCUUAACCAUAGCAUUUGCUUGGUUAUUUUAUCAUCCAAAAUAUGGAAUUGCCUUAAUUGCACUUUCAGGUUUAAUAGGAGCAGGAAUCUACUUUUACAUCAAAAGUUAGAGUUGA